GCCUUGUGCGCGAGAGACUGGCAGGCAGAGAGCAGCGUCGCGUGCGCCUGGCUAGACAAAGGCGGCGGACUCCAGGCAGCGGGAGAGACGAGGCGAGACGCUGCUGCUCUUCUCUGUGUGUGUUUUUGGGAUUUAUGCGCUCAUGGAGAUGUGAAGAAUCGCCUCAUCGCAUAGUUCGAGUCAUGGGAUUUGAGUAGGGAUCUGUGCGGAUUUUCCCCCUAGCCUGUAUAUUCUCGCGUGCGCCUUGUAUGUUUUUUUAAAACAAGUAUAUAUUUUUCCGAACGCCCCCCAAAUUAGCAAACUCGGCUAACCCGUUGUAGCCAGGACUUUAAGUAUUCCUUCUCCAAAAUAUCUUAAUAAAGGAGCAGAAAGCCAAACAGAAAGCAGUUUCGCAUCCCGUCUGAUGCUGAUCCGCGGGCAACAUGCCUAGCCCCCUGUUCCACCCAGAGAUCAUGGAUCACGACGCCGUGGUGAGCGCUCAACAGACCGGGGUCGCGCUCUCGGGAGAACCGGAACCGGAGUCCCGUGACGAGGAGCACCAGGAGGCGCUGCGUUUCGCCCUCGAUCAGUUCUCGCUCAUGGCGCUGGAGAAGGUCGACUCCCUGGUAGACGGGACCACGACGGGCAGCAGCGUGUCCGAGAACUGCAACGGCAGCGGAGGAGGAGUUGUUGGAGGCGGCAGCGGCGGGUACGUGGACCUGCCGUUGCUCGACCAUACGGGCGGCUCCCGGGGCUCGCCGUCCUCCUGCUCGCCGUCUCCGGAGUACUACGGCACAGGGGGCUACCACAUAGCCCCGCACACGCACCCAGCGCUGGGAGACCAGACUGCCGCGCUCUGCAACCGCAAGAGGAGCGUCAACAUGACUGAGUGCGUGCCCGUGCCCAGCUCGGAACAUGUCGCUGAGAUAGUUGGGAGACAAGGUUGUAAGAUUAAAGCCCUGCGAGCAAAAACUAACACUUACAUCAAGACCCCGGUGAGAGGUGAAGACCCCGUGUUUAUAGUCACCGGCAGACGUGAGGACGUGGAAAUGGCCAAGCGUGAGAUAAUCUCUGCAGCUGAUCACUUCUCCAUGAUCCGUGCAUCCCGCUGCAAAGCUGGGGGAAGCGGAGGCUCUCUGCCGGGUCCGCCACACCUUCCAGGCCAGACUACCAUCCAGGUUCGUGUGCCCUACCGCGUGGUGGGCUUGGUGGUGGGACCUAAAGGGGCCACGAUCAAACGCAUCCAGCAACAGACGCACACGUACAUUGUGACACCGAGCAGAGAGAAGGAUCCCGUGUUCGAGGUGACUGGUAUGCCAGAAAAUGUUGACCGUGCACGUGAGGAAAUCGAGACACACAUCACGCUACGCACAGGCGCAUUUGUUGACCUUCAGGGCCACAAUGACUUUCACACUAAUGGCACAGAUGUCAGUCUCGAAGGCCUUGGCUCUCUGGGUCUUGCAGGAACGCUAUGGGGGCGUGGGAGCAGCUCUGGUCACCAUACAGCACCCCCACCUCCACCACCACCACCACCUCCUCCACUCCCUCUCUCUAUUCACCCCUCAGCCCGCAAGCUCUCCACAACAUCCUAUCACAAUGGGGGUUUGGGUUCGGAGCUCUACCCGAGCAGCCGGCGACCCACAGACAGCGCCAGUCCUACCAGUCCAUUUAGCACGGGCAGUGGAGGAGGAGGCACCUUUACCUUCAACAAUGACCCUCCAUCUGGCGUAGCACCCGCAUCUGACGAGCUCGGCUUUGAAUUUGGCAGCAGCAACAUCUGGGCACCACUGGCCAACGGCAACAAGCAGGCGCAGCCUCUUCGGCGCAACAGUAGCGGCCUGAGCGGGGGCACAGUCACACCACGCCUCUCACCCACACUGCCUGGCGAUGGCUCAGCGCUGGAACACCCACUGGCACGGCGGGCACAGAGCGAUCCGCUCAGCGCUCUCUCCUGGCUUCACACAGGCUCGUCAUUCUCAGGAGGAAGCAGCAGCAGCAGCGGUGGCAGCACUACGGGGUACUCUUCCUGCUCUGCGUCCUCACUGCCCGGUGGCUCACCUACCGAUUCCGAGGGUGGCGGCAGCAUGAGCGCCAGCUCUGGCAUGCUGGGUCGCUUGAAGGCCAGCACCCUAGGAAGCAUGGUGCCGGGCGGUAGCAACAGGGACUGCUUCGUGUGUUUCGAGAGCGAGGUCACAGCUGCUCUCGUUCCCUGCGGCCACAAUCUAUUCUGCAUGGACUGCGCUGGGCAAAUCUGCCAGUCACAGGAGCCUGAGUGUCCCGUGUGCCACACCCCAGCCACUCAGUGCAUUCGCAUUUUCUCUUAAUGGCACACAGUUACUGGGUUGCUGUUAUCCCAAGCCCUGAAGAACAACCCCACUAUUUAGAAAGUCUACAGUAAACUAUACACAAAGAGAAAGAUGUGUACCUGCCUACAUAGGAUUGAUAAUAAUUACUAUAUUGAAUAUGACACUAUUCUGAUGUUGAUUUAUUAUUAAUAAUAAUAAUAACAAUGAUGAUAAUGUCAAUAUUAUAACUGACUCUUGUACUUAUCCCAGGCUGUGGAAUCAGCAGGUCAGCAGUGUACUUUAUUUUUAUUUUUUUUUUCCUUCGAGAUGGACGAGGAGGAUAGAAACCAGUGUCUUAUCUAUCUUUAGGCAUUAAUUCAAUCUACCGCCGAUGAGUCUGUCUGUGUAUUAUACAUUCCCCCCUCCUCUUCAUUUUUGCUUCUGAGCAGGUUAUUUUUUGCUUGAGACUUUUUUCUACUUGCAGAUAUUUUUCGAUUUAAGCUGCAUAGGUCUGCACUUUUUUCUAAGGGUUCAUUUUGAGAACUUUGAGAGGGGCGGGAAAGCAGUCUGUUUUUAAUCCCGCACGUUUUUGCGUUUUUUUUUCCCAUGAGGAAAAAAAAGAAGAAGCAGCAGAGAAAACGCAAAACUGCGGAGCCUGCACACUCGUCAGACCAAAAUAGUACAGAAUUAUUUGUUUUUUUAUCGAUGAAGAAUGAAACACUUAAUAUUUAUUCAAGUUAAGAGUUGAUAUCCAGCAUAAUGGUUAAUGUUCAAUAUUAUGUAGGUAGAUAGAAUAGUUAACGUUGCAUAAGAAAUAUUACGAUGCUAAGAGGUCGGCCGUUCCAGCCGUCUUUGUCUCGCAAUCUUAAAACACUCAUACUCCAGUCCAGAAGAGGGCGCAGGUUAAACCCUCGAGCUAGAACUAGAACACGUUCCUGAGGACUUUACCCAGGAUGGACAUGUCAUAUACACUUCAUUAUCAGACACACACACUUGUGUUUUUACUGCUUUGAUUAAAUAAGUUUGGGUUCGUUCAUUCCAUUUGCGUUUUCCUCGUCCCGGCAGGGCGCCACUACAGCACCACGGAGACGGCGGAGUCGCCUUUCACUCCACGGACAACUUUAUCUGUUACACUUUUAUUGUUCUUUUAAAGAUGCUUUUCAAGAUUCUUUUAAUAUGAAUGGUGUGCUUGUCAGAACAGGACAGACACGUCCUCCGUGGCAUCGCACUGUUCCAAAAUACCAGAUUCUAGUAUAGGUAGGACGUUAUAACUUUACACGAAUGUCUCUUCUUACUGUGUGUCUGAGUGUGUGUGUGUGUGUGUAUUUUGGAGGAGAAAAAGGUGAAGAGUGGGGAAUUCUUUUUCUGGACUGUUUUAAAUCCAUCCCACUUUGUGCACUGCGACACAUUGCAAUGUUCUUUCGGUCUCUGGCCAGCCUGGAGAAACGUCGGUCUUCCGCCCUUUCCACAAGGCCUUGCUCUUACUUUGAGCACAAAGGCUUUUUGCUGUAAUCCACUCUUGCGCCCAGACACAUUUCCAUGUUUUGCCUCUUGCUGUUUUAGUGCUUCGGUUGGAUGAAACUCGCACCGGUAGCCCAGUGAAUAGGUUUAUUUCGUUUAUUUAUUAUUUUUGCGACAAGCCAUGACACCGUACAGUCUAAAAGGGCUUCCUGUGAUGAUUCAGGUCUCCUUCAGUUCCAAUAACCAGGAUUGAGAACCAAUCAGAACCUGGCAGCUAUGUUCACCCAGGGCUUCCAUUCACUCUGUGCUACAUGUCCGAGAGCCGCAGACGAGGUUAGAUGUAGGGUCGCAGUCCAGAGCUUUAGAACCGACGCUUAGAUGCAGUGGCUUUGAAACGGAAACCUCUAGAACCGAGGUUAAGGUCAGAGGUCAGAUCUUUUAUCGUUCUGGUUUACAUGGUUUGAUCGGUGUCGUCCAUGCAGUUUCAGUAAUCAGGCGUGUAUGAAACGAAGCCUCAAAAAUGGUCCAUAAUUUUUCCUGUGUCUCUUUUAAAGUCUUUUUUGCUUCAUUCAGGGGUACACAGAUACAGAAUGUUGUUAAACGACUCAGUAGAGCAGGUUCACUUUCAGUUCGGCGUUGAAAGCGUUCGGUGCCUUGGUGGUGCAGAUCACUACUGAUGUUCAGUCUGUUUCUGAAGCGCCUGCCCCUGAUUUUUGUCUUUGUAACAGGGAUCCACCUGCUCUUGUGGUCUUAUUCAAAGUUUUAAAUCCUUUCCCCUUACUGUUGAUUGCAGAUUGUUACAGAAAUGAAACGAGGAAAGGAAAGUUUUUAAGUAUUUGUCCAGAGUAUGAGUCUCCUGCGAGAGGAGACUCAUCUAAUUGAGAUUAGAUCUUAGUUUUAAGGUUUAAGGUUAGUUUUAAGAUGUGUUGGAAAAUUACGCUCCAAACUGUUUUUCUUCUGGAUGUGUGCAGUAGCAGAACUGGUAUAAAGGUACAGAAUUCGUCAGUAGCGUGCUGUAAACGUCCCUUCGAGCGCGUGCCGUCUAAUGCUCCAGGCCUCAGCCUAGUGAGGAACAGUCUCCUCUGUCAGUCCGCCACUCCUAACGGCACAAGCUCGAGAUGGAGGUUAGUUAGUGUGUAGGCCCUAUC